AUGGCGGAUUACUUUUUUCUCAGGUUCUACCACAAAGGACAAUUUGUAAAAAACAAAUACUUGUGUGGAAAAUGCACCAAAAUUCCAGUUGGUGUAGAUGUUGACACAUUUUCCUUUUCCGUGCUUAUGGAAUACGUGAAGGAUGAUCUCGGAUACACUGAAAUAGGAGGGAUUUAUGUCAAAAAACAAGGGGGUGGUUGGAAAAUUGUCUCCUCUGAUGCCGACAUUGGUGAGAUUCUUCAGGGUAUCCUAGAAGGAUGUCACUUAGAUUUUUAUAUUGACAAUGUUGUUGACAAGGCAAUUGAGCCUGCGAAGCAAAUGCAGCCUCAUGUGAUCAUCAGGCCGAGGCCAAAUUUUAAUGAAGGUAAGGAACAAUUUAAGCGAAAGUAUGUGACAAUAGAAACGCUACAAAAGGAUCAAAAGAACAAGAAAAAAGGAGCUGAUGGAGACUUGGAUUUGGUUUGUACUAAAGAGGUUGAAUCUGCAAUUCCAAUUGAAGGGAAUGAGAUCAACGAGAAGAAAAAAGAUGCUGAUGAUGGAGACUUGCAUUUGGUUGGUACUGAAAAGGCUCAGUCUGCAAUUCCAACUAAAGGAGCCGAUGAGGAAUUGAACUUGGUAGCUACUGAUCAGAAGGAGGAAUAUGCAGCACAGUCUCCGGGACAGAGCAAAAAGAAGAAAUUUACUAAAAAGGACAUUCUUGCUGAUUUUGAAGAAAAAAGGAAAAAGAGGGUUGCAGAAAAUAAUCAAAUGUUGGAAAACCUGAGAAUAAAUAAACUGAAAGCUGAACUUGAAGCUAAAAAAGAAAAAAAGAAGAAGAUACUUGAUGGUAACGUAUCAGACUUGGAAUUUGAUCGGGACUAUGUCUCCGGACAUGAUAGCCUGCCUAGUAGCGAAGACGAGCAACCGGCGAAGCGGACAAAAAAAGCUCCAAAAGUGAAGGUUGCUAGCAGAACACCCACAACACGUUCCCAAACUGUCAAAAAAAUUGCUGAGACUCAAAAGGUUGAUGCUGAAGUAAUACCACCUCCCCCGCCACUACCUGCUGGUCUUCAAGAGUUGAAUCAGAUAAAGAGGGCAUACAGUAAUGAUGGAGUUGGAACAAUGGAGGCAUAUCUGAAGCUGAAAGAGAGUGAGAAACAAUUAAAAGCUGGAAAUGGACAGGGGAAUGAUGGUGAUAAACAACCAACUGAUGGUAAUAAUAUUACCACAGUUCCAACUGAUGAGGGCGAAACUAAAAUUGCAAGGCGCAGAGGCCCUACUAAGAUGAAUUCUGUUUUCACAAGAAGAUUAGAAGACAGACCAGAGUUGACCCUGAAUCAUGAGUUGCAGCCAGUGCAUGAAAAUAGUAAAAUAAGAUCGGAAUUUGGUAGUUUCUUGGGGACAAUUGGAAGACAAUGUGUGCCCCUAGAUUAUGUGAACUGGAGCCGAGUUCCCGAAGGAGAGAAGAAUGGCUGGUGGGAGUUUGUCAAGAGGAGGUAA